AUGACAGACGUUCAGAGCAUCUCACAUGGAGAACAGAGUGUCACAAAAACUUUGAGCCACAACGAUGAAAUUGUCAAAAAAAGCAUCUUAAUUGAAGAUGGAAGUCCUGCUCGAUACCGUUUGCAAAUAACAACAGAAGAUCCAGAUGAAUCUAAGUCAUACAGAAAAAAGAUAUUUGGUGAACGAGACCCAGAGAAAUCUCACAAAACUAUUCUGCUGGUUGGAGAAACAGGCACUGGAAAAACAACCCUCAUCAAUGCCAUGAUCAACUACAUGUGUGGUGUGAAGAGAGAAGACAACAUAUGGUUUGAAAUCCAAGAUGAUCAGAGUAAAGAAACAUCAGCUCACAGUCAGACAUCCAUCAUCACCGUCUAUGGUGUUUACAUACCAGAGAGUUCACACGACCUUACAAUCAUUGACACACCAGGAUAUGGAGACACGCGUGGGAUUGAGAGUGAUAGAGAGAUCGCCAAAAGUUUGUUAAAUCUAUGCAAAUCUGAUGACUUGGUCGAUGAAAUUGAUGCUGUGUGUUUUGUGAUUAAAGCAGAUCAAAAUCGACUGUCUGACAGACAAAAAUACAUAAUUGAUGCUGUUCAGUCUUUAUUUGGCAGUGAUGUUGCUGAAAACAUUGUGUUACUCCUCACACACUCAGAUGGGUUUCCCCCCAAAAAUGCCCUGACAGCCAUCAAAGAAGCUGAAGUCAAGUGUGCUGUAGAUGAUAAGAAACAACUCAUCUAUUUUCUGUUUAACAACUGUCAGUCAGAGACAUUUAAGGAGGAAUAUGAAACAAUCCGGAAACAAUCAUGGGAUCUCAGUUACAAAGGAAUGAGAGAAUUUUUCAAAUUUAUUGACCAGAUAAAACUAAAAACAUUAAAAAUUAUGAAAGCUGUUUUGCAGAAACGGCAUGAGUUCGAGUUAAAGAUCUCCUCUCUACAAGCAUGUGUUCAAAACAUAGAACAAAAAAAAAAAGAGCUGGGAAACAGCGAAACAUCUCUGCACAAACUCAAGGAAGAAACACAUCCAAUCCCUACAAAGGAUGUUGAAGUGUCCUACAAAGAAAAGGUUGACACUGCUUCUGCCAAGAAGGCGAUGUGUUGCACCGUCUGUGAGGAGAACUGUCACUAUCCAGGUUGCUCGUGGAUCUGUGACAUCAAAGGGUGUCAGGUGAUGAAAAGUAAUCAGUGCACAGUGUGUAGAAAUAAAUGUCACUACAGCAAACAUGUCAAAGAAGCCAAAAUAUAUGAAGAAAAAACAAAGACUGAGAAGAGGAUUGAUGAAGAUUUAAAGAAGAAACAUGAAGACAAAAUUACUUUUGCAUUGUCUUCGAAAGACACACUGGAGAAAGAACUACAAGAAUUAGAGAAAGAGAAAUUAAUGAAGGUGAUGGAUGCUUAUCACUGUGUGGAGACUCUGGGGAUAAUCGCACUGAACGCUGAUUCUUUCACCAUACUUGAGCACAUUGACUUUCUCAUUAAAAAGUUGAAAGAAAUCAAUGACCCUGAGAAAGUUGAAGCUCUGGAGAACAUCAAGAAGACAGCAGGACAAAAGAAGCACAAAUCCAACGCUACAUACAAUAAAUAA